AUCUACUCUUCUUUAUCCUCAGCCCCGCGACAACCUCAGCAUUCAUCACCCACCCUAUUCACACUACGAGGAUCUUCCUCGUUGUCUCCCACUAUGGAGGACAGGAUCCAAUUCAAUAUUAACGAGUCGCUUAAGUAUUACUUGAGCGAUCCGACCUCUGUUCCGACCCACGAUGCCGACCCCGAACUGCUCGAUUUUGAAGCAGAACCAGAUCAGUUAUCCAGCACAUUAAUCGAUAAUAUCCUUAACCCCAUCGUCGAUGCGGUCGCCGAAAGCCCUGAAGGGAUCUCCCGGGCUCCCUUCUUCGAUUCCUUACAGUUUCUUCUAAAAUAUUCCUCUUUCCUUCCCACAAAGGCCCUCAGCAAACUUCUCGAUCUUGUUGUGUCCGGCCUCUCGGUCGAGGCAGAUAUUAUCCAUGGAGAUCUUGAGUCCGACGAGCAGGACAGUAUUCAGCACCAUAAAGAAUUGCUGGAAAUGUAUGGGUUUCUCCUUCAAUGGGCUCUCUCUGCUGUCGAAUCAAAAGCAGCUGAAAAGCCUGCCGAGUCUGCGCCAGUCCGCCGUGGCACCGGAAAAUCAGGGAGGUCUAAAAGUACCAAGGACGGCAACUGGGAUGGAACAGCCCAGAUUCAAAUAUCCAUGGAAACUAUGUGCAAAGUUAUGAAACUCAAGCUCAGCAGGAUCUUUUUGACUACUUCAGAUCGCGACACAUUUAUUAACCUCUUUACGCGCUCGAUUUAUCUCAUUCUCGAGAGUGAGCAGCGUGUGAAGAGUAUGGCAAUUCGAAUGCAUGCCUUUAAGGUCCUGUGUAUUGCAGUGAAACACCAUGGUCACGGAUUUGGCGCGCAAACGUCUAUUGUCCAAAGCUUGACUUACUUUGAACACCUGUCGGAGCCGAUGGCGGAGUUCCUACAUAUCCUGGCGGAACAAUACGACUACCCGCAGCUUUCAGACGAGAUUCUCAAGGAACUCGGAAACAAAGAAUUCAACUCGAAUGACACGCGUGGACCGAAAUCAGUAUCUGCAUUUAUCGUGAAGCUCUCCGAGCUUGCUCCCAGGCUUAUCAUUAAGCAAAUGACCCUCCUGGCAAAACAACUUGACAGCGAAUCUUACACUCUUCGUUGUGCUGUGAUUGAAGUCUGCGGAAACCUUAUAGCCGAUCUUAGUAAACAGGAGGAGCGGAGUGAUAACUACAAAACGCAAAUCAAUGCAUUCUUCGAUGUGCUGGAAGAGCGGUUCCUGGAUAUCAACCCUUAUUGCCGAUGCCGUGCUAUCCAGGUGUAUAUGAAGAUUUGUGAUUUGGAACAGAAAUUCCCCAAGCGCCGGCAGGCAGUCGCGGAGCUAACCGCCAGAAGCCUCGAAGACAGGAGCAGCAAUGUACGACGUAACGCCAUCAAGUUGCUUGCAAAGCUAGUUUCCUCUCAUCCGUUCAGCGUUAUGCACGGCGGACAGCUGUCAUUGAAAGAAUGGACGGAUCGUCUCGACAAUGUGGAUGCUGAACUCAACGCGUUGAGACCUCCAGAGACUCCCGGAUUUGAUGCCGGGGAUAUGCCGCAUGUCGACAGCGAAUUGUUGGAUGAUGCAACACAAUUGCCUGAUGAUUCCCCGUCUAAGGCUCCUCGUAUGACUGAGGAGGAAAAAUCCAUCGCGAUAAAGAAAGCCGCCGAACAAGCAGCUACUUCCGAGUUGCUUACACGCCUGCAGCUAACCAGGAAAUACUACAACGAGGCUAUUCGCUUUAUUGAAGUUCUUCACACAGCAUCUGGCUCCGUCUCCCAGCUUCUGUCCUCCAGAAAUAAGAGUGAGGCCAUCGAAGCGAUGGAUUUCUUCGUCGUUCUUGAUGCCUACAAGGUUGAGACUGCUCGCAGUGGUAUUCGACGCAUGCUCAGGCUUAUCUGGACAAAGGGCAACAGUGACGAAGGCAAGGGCGUCCAGACACACCUGAUUGACUGUUAUAAGGGACUCUUCUUCGAAGCCCCAGACUCCUUUAGCCCCAACGAUGCGGCCAACUAUAUCGCUCGGAAUAUGAUAAGUUUGACCUUUGGCUCUACCCCAGCCGAACUCACGUGUCUCGAACAAUUGCUCAGCACUAUGAUGAAGGCUGGACAUAUAUCGGAAGCCGUUAUUGCCAAACUGUGGCAAGUUUAUGGUGUGCAGAAGAAGGAGAUUUCCAGGACCCAGAGACGCGGUGCAAUCAUUGUUCUUGGUAUGAUCGCGCUGGCCGAUCCCGAGGUUGUAAUCAAAGAACUUGAGAUUAUGCUCCGCAUUGGCCUUGGAAGUCUUGGAAGAUCCGAUCUUGUUCUCUCCAAAUAUACGUGUAUUGCACUGCGACGGAUGGUUCCCGGUCGUCAGGCUAAGUCCAAGGAUUCUGGCAUCCCUAAACUCACCAACGAUCAUCCGGUAUUGAUGAAGCUUGCCGCGAUUGUUGAGAUAGUUUCAGACAGUAAGGAAUGGUACGGAGUAGCAGAGCAAGCUGUUAGCGCCAUCUAUGCCUUGUCCAAGCAUCCAGAUGUUCUUUGCUCCGACAUUGUGAGGCGAAAGACAAGAUUUGUCUUCCAACCACAACUUCAGCGCCCAUCCUCCAGUGGCUCAGGUCACGGAGAGGAACGUCCCGGGACAGCGUCUACCGACAGUCCUCUUCCUAGAGAGAAGGCUUCCUCUGCUGCAUUAUCUCAACUUCUUUUCGUUGUUGGUCAUAUUGCAAUCAAGCAGAUCGUUCACUUGGAAUUAUGCGAGCUUGACUUCAAGCGUCGCAAGGCGGAACAAGAGAAGAAUAAGCCUGCGAACAACGCGGCUCAGAAAAGCGACCCAGGCGAAGACGAUGAGCUGGAUCUCAUUGGCGGCACAACUGAGGACGAUUUCACUGAUGCCAUGGCCCACAUUCGUGAACGGGAGCUGCUAUAUGGAGAGAGCUCCCUGCUGUCAAAUUUCGGGCCACUGGUAGCAGAGAUUUGCUCCAAUAGCAACACGUACUCCGACCGCAACCUUCAAGCUGCAGCAACUAUUUGUAUGGCCAAGUUAAUGUGUGUAUCAGCAGAGUAUUGUGAAAAGAAUCUUCCACUCUUGAUCACCAUCAUGGAACGCUCGGAAAAUCCAAUUGUGAGAAGCAAUGCCGUUAUUGCCCUCGGCGAUAUGGCAGUUUGCUUCAAUCAUCUGAUCGACGAAAACACUGACUUCCUCUAUCGUCGACUCAACGAUGACGACGCCUCCGUCAAACGCACAUGUCUGAUGACACUCACAUUCCUUAUCCUAGCCGGCCAGGUCAAGGUCAAAGGACAACUGGGUGAGAUGGCUAAGUGUCUCGAAGAUGACGAUAAGAGGAUCGCGGACCUGGCACGCAUGUUCUUCACAGAACUCGCCGGCAAGGAUAAUGCUGUCUACAAUCACUUUGUAGAUAUGUUCAGUCUCCUAAGCGCAGAGCGCAACCUGGAAGAAGGUCCACUUCGACGUAUUGUCAAGUUCCUUAUUGGCUUCGUAGAAAAGGAAAAACACGCCAGACAGUUAGCAGACAAACUCGCUGCUCGUCUCCCAAGAUGCGAAACAGAGCGCCAAUGGAACGAUGUCGCCUACGCGCUCUCUCUUCUUCCUCAUAAGAAUGAAGAAAUCGCAAAGACUGUGGCUGCGGGUUUUAAUAAGGUUAUCAACCCAGCCGCGGUGGCUGCCAGUUGAUAAAUUUAGUCAACGAACGUCAAUGGCUGCCUCUGGUCUUUUUUUUUUUUUUUUUCUCCCGGCUUGUGCUUUUCUUCAUGACGAUUAGAAUUUUAUAUUAGUGACAUGGAUGGUGGAGUACUGGCUUGCAAAUGGAUGGUGUUCUUUGUUAAUUGGAUAUGAUUUGAUGAAUGAUCUUUUCUUCUGUUUAUAACUUUACCCUUUCUUCAGAUUAGUUCUCUUCUAGUUGUAUAUCUUUAUCAAGUCAUUUCAUGGAUCAGUCCCAUAUGUACCAUCUAGCAUGGUAAAUGAAAAGAAAUCAUUAUCACCAUCAUCAUCAACCAUAACCACCACUACCACUAAGGCCCAAUAGAUAAAAUUAACCCAAGCACAAU